AUCAAGUUUUGAUGACUUACCAAGCAAGAUGAACAACAUGCAUGGGUCGGGUGACGGUGUUCUCAAGGUUGCGGUCGCAACAAGGUUUGACCAGUUUUUGCACAGCGAUAUCACUGAACAAGAACUGAGGGAAUUUGAAGAACAGUGGUCGGUUCCAGUCCUCAAAAUUGCGAAUAAAGACGGACCCAGACUCUCAGACGGACGCGGCCUAGAUGGAAGAGCGGGGAUAUUGGAUGUUGCGCCGUUUCUCAAUACGCUAGCCGAGUUGCUAUGGCAGCACGAACAAAACUUGGCUUCUAGGCAAGUUUCACGAAAUUCGUCCAACUCAAGUCGUAACUCCGCUGACCGAAGAAUUAGAUAACCGCCGUCGCGGCUUUGAUUUCU